AUGAUUAAAAAAAUUCUUAAAACUUAAAUGCAACUUGGCUCAUCUUUUAUGAAGAUGGGUAUUUAAGCUAAUAUGAAAAAUAACUUCUGUUCUUAGAACUCUUCUAAUGAAAAGAAAGAUUAACAAAAUUAGGAGUAAUCUGAAUAACAAAAGAAACAAUAAUAAGAGAGGGAAGAAGCGAAAGAAAGAGCAGCAAAAGAAGCUUAAAUUAGAAAGUAGAAAAAAGAAGAAAAAGAAAUUGAAGAGUUAAAAAACUAAUAUGAAGCACAAAACAGCUCUUUCUCUACUGCAUCAUAAUUUUAUAAGCUCAUUAAGUCUAAACUCUUAUUAGGAGGUACAGGAUUAUUAGCUCUUUUUUUUGGCUACUAAUUUUAUGAUAUAACUGAAUCAAAUGUAGAUCCUGUUGAUGGUACAAAAAAGAUCCUACCAAUCAACAAAAACUAUGAAAAAAAAUUAGCAAGCAGUAUAAGUGGAAUAUUUUAAGGAGAAAAUAAAAUUAUAAAUGAUAAUAAAAGACUUUACAAUAAAAUGAAAAAAGUCUAACAAAAGUUUAAUCGUUAUGAGAAAUUGAAUUUUCCAGUUAAUGGAAACAUUUAUUUGAUUGAUAAAGAUGAUUUUGUAUUCUUUAUGCUACCUAAUGGAGAUAUUUUUGUUUCAAGGAGAGUAGCUUUUGACUUAAAAGAAAUAGAACUAUAAAUUCUUAUGGGUUAUGAGCUUUCUCAUUUGUAUAUGAGAUCAAGCACAAAAAAUAUUCCUUUUUCAUAAUUUGGAAACAUAUUGUUGAUGAAAUUAUUUGAUUUUACUGAGUUAUUCAGUUAAUUUGUACCAUUGUAAGAGAUAAGAUAGUAUUAUACUUUGCCACUAAGUAGAGAAUAAGAAAAUAACAAUAUGAUCAUGGCAGCUGAUAUUUUAGAUGAACUUGAUGUAGAAUUAGAUCCUGAAUCCCUAAAAUUUUAUCUCAGAGAUAUUUGCUCUUAUUUCAAGAAAGAUCCUAAUGCCUAUAUUUUAGAUUUUUAUAAAAAGCACCCUAAUUUAUUAUGA